AUGGAAAUCAGAAAAGCAAAUAAUGCAGCAUAUAAAUUAAAUAUAGUAGAUAAUGUAUACUGCCAUAUGGGACAACUAGAAAAAAUACAAUUUGGAAAAGAACAUGAAUAUUACUACUCUACAGAAAGAGUGCCUGAAAGAAUUGCUGUCUCACAGCACGACUCUGUUGUGAGGAUACUGAAUAAUAUGAUACUUAUCCAUGGAAGAAAGGAAGUAGAAAAACCACUUCGGUAUUUGAAUGAAACCCCUUACGGAUGGGCUGAGUACUCAAUUGAAAGCAAGCUGUACUUCCUGUGCAUGGAGCUAUCUAGAAGAACCACGUAUGUAGAAAAGAACAUCUGCGUAGCUGUAAACCAAAAAAUAAAAGCAGUGAAUAAAACACUCAGCGCCUGGACACAGGAAGACUGGGACUUCUUUAUAGAAGCCUUCCUUAACUACAUAGACAUUGUAGCACUCUCCCCACUAAAAAACCCCCCAACACUCUCGGCCUUUAAAGAACUCAAAAAAAGACAGAAUAUCACAUGGUUCAGCGCAUUCUCUGCAUACGUACAUGGGAAUGCACACACCUACAGAGACGUCUACUUGGAAUUAUCACAGAAUUAUUACAAGUACUCCUGUGUGUUCUUGAGCGCGUGGAAGAAAGAAAGUAAAAGCCUAGAAAAUGCUCUGCACGCACUUAAAUCUGCAUGUAUAAAGAAAGACAGGGACAUAUAUAAACGUAAAAAGAGACUAAAAAAGGAAAGGAGUAAAUGGCAGUUACUGUGCAAUAAAUUCCUUGGUAAGUGCUACUACUGCGGUGUACAAGGACAUAAGGCCAUAGAUUGCAAAAGAAACGAGUCAACAUGA